UCAUGCGUCAUUCUGCGGCGAACAUCUACAGUAGCAUUCGUGUAGCCAACAAUCACAACAAACGUCCAACAAUUGAUUGGGUGAAAAAAAACUCCGAAAAUCGAUCUUCGCCGGCCAACUUCACAGCGGUCAAGCACUCCCUUAAGGCCCUCAAGAGAGAAAUCGGACACCUCACCAGCAUUUGUGACAAAAUUGAAUGUGAUAAAGUCAGAGUAUCAAGCCCGGAAGUGUCUAGAUUCGCCCCAGCGAAUCGUUGGAAACCAGAUUAUGGAUCCCCUGAGACAGUUCACUUAAAAAUCGACAAAUCUCCCAGAAUCUAUACUCCGAAAUUUUAUUCCAGACACCGCACGGAUACCCUCGGUGCCUUAGAUCUGCGUCCAUGCGUAGAACCAUCGUAGAACGGGAAAAACGCAACUGAUAAUUUGUGUACUCUAAUGUACGUACACCAUGGGAUAGCAGCGUGCAAUCACGAACAGACGACGGAAUCCAACACGUUCACACAAUAUUUUAUUCAAUUGAUCGGAUAAUUCAACAGUUGUUGUCUAAUACAUUUUUGAAAAUGGUCACCCGUAGUCUGACAGAACCGUUUAUUCUAAUGCGUAACAAUGCUUCGCAAACCCGGCAUAUUUACUCUGAACAGAAUUCGUCGGAUAGAACGGCUUUAGUCGGCCUAGAGUCUGCAGCUAUAGGUGAAGUUGAAUUAGGCAGCUUGAAUUGGGAAGAUCAUAUUUCACCAGCUUGGUCAGAUGCCUUGGAAGAAACACAAUAUAUCCUCAGUAGACUAAGAACCAAACUAGCAGAGCUUAAAGAGGUCCAUGCACGGCAUUUAACUCGCCCAACUUUAGAUGACACCUCUAAGGAUGAGAGAUUAAUGGAACAACUGACUAGGGAAAUGGGACGAGCGUUUACUAGCGGUCACCGGCAAGUGCAGCUCGUCAAAACGGCUGCGAAACAGGGAAACAGAGCCAGUGACCGACGCCUAGCUGCCAGUGCAGCCAUUGCUCUUUCUUCAGCAUUACAGGAGCUGGGAUUGUCAUAUCGAACAGCACAGAACCAUUACUUACAGCAGCUGAACUCGAGGGAAGAAAGAAGCCGCCAAUACUUUUCAGAUGAUCAAGAGUUUCUCUCCAUCGAACCUUUGGAUUCUUGGGCUACCGAUAUGAAGUUUGCACAUGUUAGCAGCGGGAGUGGAAGCAGCUGUGAUCAACAACACAUGAACCAAAUGCAGCAGGAAAUUCUUUUACAUUUCGAUGAUGAGCAGAGGACAAGGCAAGCAAAGAUGAGAGAACAGGAAGUUGUACAUAUCGUGCAAAGUAUCGCUGAACUGAACCAUAUAUUUAAGGAUCUCGCACAUAUGGUACAAGACCAGGGCAGCAUAUUGGAUAGGAUAGAUUACAACGUUGAACAAACCCAGGCGCAAGUCCAAGAAGGUUACAAACAGCUGAAGAAAGCUGAUUCUUAUCAACGGGCGAAUCGUAAACUGUACUGUAUAAUGGUACUAACAGUUGCAAUCAUAUUUGUCUGCUUACUAUUUGUCAUAUUAAAGACAUAGUGUGUUGAAUAGGACAAGA